AUGUCGAGCACUUUGCUAAUCUACGCAUUUUCUGACAUGCAGUCAGAAAAACCCAACCUUGGCCAGCCAGGAGAUGCGAGGAAAACGAAAAUUCCCCGAGACUACAUGUGCAACAGAGCAAGUGGCCUUUCUGCAGCUCUUCAGAAUCAGCGGUCGAUGGAAUCUGAGAAGGUUGCGGAGACAAACUGCUGGAUCUGCGGUGCGGUGUACUCCCGGGAAGAUCAAAUGGUCUACACAAAAUGCUGUAACGAAGCCAUUGGGUCUUACUGCAAAGCUCGAGAUAUCGCUAAACAUGGAAAAUGCUGGAAUUGUGACGAGGAAGAAGUGCCGAGCAAGGCAGCUUCCGAGGCAAAGUCCUGGAUUUCUUACGACCUCAAGGAUCCUAUCAAAGAGGCUCCACGUCUCCCACAAACUGUCACUUCCCUUCCAGCAAAAGGUGCUGGCCAUCAGCCAGCAACAGCGACGUUGAAAGCUGGCAGUAUCUUGCCCAGCGGAUUCACCACCCAAGGUUCCAAUUCCCCCACCUUCUCUAACACUUGA